UGAUUUCGUGCCAGCUGUGGCUGUGAGCUUUCGAUGGCAAAUGGCUUCAUGAGAGCGGUUUUGGAGCAGUUGCAGAAUGGGAAUUUGAUUGUAGAUGUGAGUCAGCUGUUGGAAGCAGCGCCAGAAGCCACGGUGAACUUCUUCCAGGACUUUGAUGCAAACAUCAGCCGCCUCGAGAGCAUCUUGGCCCAACAACUUGGUCGGUCCAGGCCGCGGCUGCGUUUCCGACACAUCCCAAGCUUCUUGCUACAUGCCGUGCAUCACAUGAAGGAGCUACGUCAUGACUUGGUGGGUUGUUUCUUGACGUUCUCCGGCCUGGUAGCCAGCAUGAGCUCCGUGAAGGUUGCCGAGUUCACGCGAAGCUUCGAGUGCAGCUGUGGUGCCAGGAAAGUGGUGGAAGCUCCGGUGGCCGAAGUUCGACCGCCUGAAGCGGGAUGCUGCGGAGGUUGCGGUGGUGACUCUUUCAAAGACCUUGGAGGUGCAAUGAUUGACUACCAGGAGAUUCGAUUGCAGGACACUGGUCUUCAGAAUUGCUCUCAUGCCCAAGUUGUGCUGUGUGGAGAGUUGGUGUCCUCUUGCGUGCCCGGCGAUUUGGUCGUUGUUUGUGGUGUGCUUCGUGCCCGGUGGCCCAACUGGGCGCCUAAGAAACGUCUCAUGGUGCAGUUGAUCCUGGAUGCGCGAGAUCUUCAUCAACUGCACGAGGCACCCCGCCGAAGCCUCGUGGCCAUGCCGCCUGCAGCCGAUCCUUGGCAACAGCGGCGGCAGAUGGUCACUUCAGUGGCAGCACAUCUUCAUGGCUUGGAGGUGCCUAAGCUAGCUGUGCUGCUGGUACUCCUGGCCGAUGAUCUGACGGCGCCAAGGCAAGAGGAAUCUUCAAGGCAGCAUUCGCAUUUGCUUCUGCUGGGUGAUCCUGGUACCGGAAAGUCACAGCUGCUUCAGGCAGCUGGUCAGCUUGCACCUCACUGCGUCAUGACCUCCGCGUCGGGCACCACACGAUCCGGGCUCACCUUCUCUUGUGUUCGUGAUGGUGCUGGUUGGAAUCUUGAGGUUGGCGCUUUGUCCAUGGCAGACGGUGGGGUGUGCUGCAUCGAUGAGUUUCGCCAUCUCCCCAAGGAGGAGAAGACUGCGCUCUAUGAGGCUAUGGAGCAGCAGAGUAUCUCAGUUGCCAAAUCUGGUGUGGCCUGUCAGCUGAGGGCUCGCUGCAGCAUCAUUGCAGCCCAAAGCUUUGUGCCAAACGGGCAAUCCCUGAAAGAGCUCUCCGGGUUGGCCGACCCGCUGCUGAGCCGCUUUGACCUGGCCUUGGCCUUGCGAAGCCAAGGUGGAAAUGAUGAGGACGUCAUUGCGUCUAUCCUCAAUCAGUGUGCCAACAGUACAAACGAUUUUGGAUGUCAGAGUCCCGGACAAGUGGAACUGGAUCAGCUGAAGGGCUUCAUCGUUGCGGCCAAGCAGUCCACACUGGCGGAGUCGGCAUAUGAUGCUUCGUUACUGUUGGAAGCGUACUAUCGGAAACUUCGGCGAGGCAGCUUGGGCGCUGUCUUUUCCCCUCGAGUUUUGGAGAGCCUCAUCCGUCUGUCUCGAGCACAUGCGCGGCUUAUGCAGCAUGGUUCAGUUCAGCUCGAAGAUGCCAUUGCCGUGAUCUUUCUUCACCAGGUUGCAUGGAAGAGCCAUUCCCCAGAAACCGAGCAGGUCUUACUAUCGCACUUUGGCCCUGGCUGUCCUGAACAAAUCCAGCGCCUGGAUAUGAGCAGUGAUAUCACAUGCCGGAAAGACUACGAGGUGGUGGAAGGAGCAGUUCUAUGGUGCUUGGGUUUCCAGGACCUGAAGAGUGAAGAGCCGAAGGACACCGGUGGCAGACUGAAAGGAGGUGGAGACCGAGGCCAUUCGGAGGAGAAGCCGUCUUCGAUCUUCGAAGGUCGGGCAUUUGUUCCACAAAUUCGGCGCAAAGGGAAAAUCAAGGAGCGUUCUCUUUUCUCUCCACCUGAGAGGCGAGUGACUCAACGGAGACUGGAAAUGAGAUUUACCAGAAGAUGUUCAACGACGGGUUAUGUUCAAAGACUUCCCCAACAAUGACUUAAGAAGAAACAUAAAAAAUACAUCUAAAAAUACUCAGUCUUAGCGAGAGAACUCACCGGCGCCAGAACUGAGAAAGUGGAGUCCUGGCCUCGACGACCUUUUGUGGUGGCCUCCAACCUAAAAGGUUUGUAGCUACUAGUAGCAAUGGCCUCUCACCUACUAGCGAUGGCCUCCAACCCAAUAGCGAUGGCCUCCAUCCUAGAGUUUGCACCUAAAUAGCCUUUGUGAAGAAAAAGUGCCCCACCGUUGUCUUGAACAUGAGGUGCGCCACAGAUCAGGGAAGCUGGUUAAACGCUCAGUUGGCAGCAUGUUGCUCGUCCCGUGUCCUUUCACAAAUGGAAGAGAUGCCACAGAAAUCAGAGCUGCCAAAAAAACAACAAUAACAAAGGCAUUUGGGUCCCUUCAACAGCAAGGCAGCUUUCUUUGCUCCAAGCCAUUGGCCCUUAUGAGCCGCCCAGGUGAAAAAGAUUGUCAAAUGGAAUAUCCCCAGAUUGAAGGAUACCUAUUGAAGAGAAUAAAGCGAAGCCUCCAACCCUACUAGCGAUGGCCUCCAACCUAAGAGCGAUUGCCUCCAACCUAAUAGCAAUUUGUUCUUUUCUUCUUGUUACUAGUAGCUUCUUGUUACUACUAUGUUGCAGUGUUGCUCACCUGUAGCUUGGAUUGUACGAUAGUCAAUCAACCUCAGCAAGACCCAAAGCAGGAAACUUUGGUCCAACGUAUGCUGGGCAAUAGGGUCGCUACACAUCACUGGGCAGUUUUUUGCAUCCGUC